AUGUUGUUUGGAGAAUGUUGUCUUGAUUUGUUACUUCAUGUUUUUGCACACAGGAGGUUAAAUGUUCGAGUGAAUAUUGAGCUGCUGUCGGUCUCUGAUCCUGUUCAUAGAAAGGACUUAUCUGUUCGGUUGACUGAUGAUACUGAUCCUUUUUUCCUUUAUAACCUUGUCAUAUCUGAGGAAGAUUUUCAAAGUUUGAAAUCCCAACAAGGUCUCUUGGUGGACUUCUCUGCUUUCCCACAAAAGUUUAUAGAUCUGCUUCAGCAAUGCAUUCAGGAACAGGACAAAGAUGUCCCAAGGUUUUUGCUGCAGUUAGUUUCUUCCUCACCUGUUCUGGAUCACACACCUGUCUCUUUAAAUGUAGUGGAGACCAACCCUUUCAAACAUCUUACCCAUCUCUCCCUAAAAUUCCUACCAGGAAGUGAUGCAGAAAUAAAGAAGUUUUUAGCUGACUGUUUGAAAUGCCUUAAGGAAGACAAAAGGAUGUUGGAAGAAAAGCUUAGAAGAACUGAGGAGGAUCUUACUAGGCAACUGAGCUACACUCAGCAGAGUUUGUCAGAGAAGAGCCGAGAACUGGAUAAACUGAAAACUGAAUGGACCUCGUACACUACAGCCCUGACCAACAAACACUCCCAGGAGCUGACAAGUGAAAAGGAAAGAGCUCUCCAGGCACAGACUCAGUACCAACAACAGCAUGAACAGCAGAAAAAGGAAUUAGAAAAUUUGCAUCAGAAAAGUAUUCAGCAGUUGCAGAACAGACUCUCAGAACUCGAGGCCAUCAAUAAAGACCUAACAGAGAGGAGAUACAAAGGAGACUCCACAGUCAGGGAGCUGAAAGCGAAGCUUUCUGGAAUGGAAGAUGAAUGUCAGAGAGCAAAGCAGGAGGUGCUGUCACUGCGUCGGGAGAACACCACUCUGGAUGCUGAGUGUCAUGAAAAAGAGAAACUCGUUAAUCAGCUGCAGACAAGAGUUGCUGUCCUGGAACAAGGGAUCAAAGACAAAGACCAGCUGGUUACUAGAACAAAAGAAGUAUUAGAUGCGACACAAGAGCAAAAGGUGAUACUGGAAGAGAGUACAGAGGAAAAACAAAGGCAUGUGGAAAAACUAGAGACAACAAUUAAGUCGCUGUCAGCUGAACUUCUUAAGGCCAAUGAAAUUAUCAAGAAGUUACAGGGAGAUCUGAAAACUCUAAUGACUAAACUAAAACUGAAAAAUACAGUAACGAUUCAACAGGAAAAACUACUGGCAGAAAAGGAAGAGAGACUUCAGAAAGAUCAGAGGGAAUUGCAGGAGAUGGGACAGUCCCUUCGAGCAAAAGAGCAGGAGGUUUGCAAACUACAAGAGCAGCUAGAAAGUACAAUGCAGAAACUAGAAGAAAGCAAGCAGUUACUGAAAACCAAUGAAAAUGUAAUCACAUGGCUGAACAGGCAGCUGAGUGAAGUUCAGAUGGCAAAGAAGCUGGACACGUCUGCCAGUGCACAUGGUGCUGGUAGGGCUGGAGUUUCACCUCAUGGCAUGGCUGACCGACCCUCCUUUCCCAGCUCAGCAGUCAGUCACCCCAUUUCUCCUCUGUAUGCCUUCCAGAACUUCCUGGACCCCACACACAACAAAACCACCACUCCACAAUGCCCAGUACCAAAGGUUCAGUUUAACCCACAGCUUUCCAAACUGAAUCGUUGUUCAGAUGCUCAGACAGUGACUGCAACCAGCCACCCAGCAAACAAGGAGAAUGCUGAUAAUUUGGGGCUGGAAUCCAAGUACUUUAAGAAACAAGAUGACAGCAUUCCUUUACGAGGGCUUAGUCAAAAUACACUUAACUCAGAGUACCUGAGGCCAUACCUGCCCCCCAAGGCACAGCCAGCACCAAAAGCUGCAGCAACACCAGCCUCGGCUUAUUUUCCUGGAUAG